AUGAAAUCGUCUGAAGAGGAGUUGAUUACUACUAUCGCUCCUUUGUUUUUUUUUUCUUGGCGGCUACCUUAUUCGUUAAGGUACCUGCCUGACGGGGUUUCUGGGUUGGGGUUGAGGCUCUGCUGGUUGUUUGUUUCGGAUUUGACGACGCGUGGUGCAAAAGGUUUUCUAGGACGAGCAGCCAAAACACAAGCCGAAAGAAAGAUGGCGUCACGGAAUAUCAGCAUGGGUCAGACGGCGAGGCCGUCCAUGGCGUCUAGCUCCGGCAACGCGAUGAAGACGCGGCAGCUGACACAUCUUCAUUCGCAGCUGGCGCAGCUGUCUGCUAAUCUUUCCGAUACGGAGAACCUGGUUCGUAUGACGAGCGUGCAGGCUGAGAGUAUGCGGGGUUUGGGGGCGUGGCAUGGCGGCAUGUUCAUGGCUGCGAGUAAGGUCCUUGGGGAAGAGGCUAUCAAUCGCGAUGCGGCGGCACAGGCGAGGGGCGGUCAGAGAUGA